UUAAGGUUGGUUCACACUGAAUGACAAGGUGAACUGGCACUAACAUUGAAGAAAGAAGAAUGUCAUUUUUUACUUGGUCUAGUAAAAAAAAUACCAAGAACCUUACAGGUGUGGGAAAAAUUAAAGAGGGCUUGACCAAAAAAGUUUGAGAACCACUGCUUUAACAACUGGAUAGCAACACCCUAUAGUAUUAAAGCAGCAAAUUUUGCAUGGGCAAGCACCACUCAAAGUUUCUUCAGAAACCCAUCUAAUUCUAUUUAUUUUCUUGAGCUGAAGUUGACUGUAGAGGACUGAGCGCGUCAGAGGCAACAAUUGCAUUGUCUAUCCCUUAGCAUUGUGGCUAAACAUAGUACAAAGCCUCUUAAGUUACGAACGCAUAAGUUCAUUUCCGUGAGAGCAGUAUCCACGAAUUAGCAUACAAAGACACUUACUUAAGAGAAAAUCCUUAUUGAGGUUUUUAAUUCUGACUGAGCAAUUACAUGAGUGGCACAGGGAGGACUUGGACUUGAGGCACUGAAGCCUCAUUCUUUUUGACUCAUCUUGCUUGCCACUGUGCUGCCUACAUUUCAGUCCUUUUCCAUUGUUACCUGCAGCGUCACAUAGUUGACCCCUCACCUCACCACAGCCAUGUGUGACAUGGGUGGACUGGACAAUCUGGUGGCCAACACUGCCUACCUGAAAGCACAGAGUCUAGAUGACAAGGAGAUGAGGAAACGCAGACGUAGCCUAAUUCUUCCCAAACUUGAAAACUGUACAAAGGUGCGUGCAGCUAUUCCCAAGGACUUUGAGGACAUCUGUGAGCAGCAGCCCAUUGGGAAAACAUGCUUCCGACAGUUCCUCUUAGCCUCCAAUCCAGAAUACCUUGCUGCUGCAGAGUUCCUGGAGGAGUUGAAUGACUGGAAUUUGGCAGAGGCAGGUGCUAAAGAAAAAGCCAGGCAGAAUAUCAUUAACAAAUUCUGCAAAGCUGACUCCAAAAGUUUCCUGGCUUAUCUGACAGAGGACAUGGCGGAGAAGUGUAAAGCCGUUUCUGAGAAGGACUUUGAGGAGGUGAUGAUGGGACAGGUGAAAGAAGCCACACAAGAGUUUCUGAGAGGAAUACCUUUCAAUGAGUAUCACACCAGCCCCUUCUUUGAUAGAUUUGUGCAGUGGAAGGAAUUCGAGAAGCAGUCCAUCUCUGAUAAAUACUUCUACGAGUUCAGGACUUUGGGGAAAGGAGGAUUUGGAGAGGUGUGUGCUGUUCAGGUCAAAAGCACGGGUCAGAUGUAUGCCUGCAAGAAGCUGGACAAGAAACGCUUGAAGAAAAAGGGUGGGGAAAAGAUGGCUCUUCUGGAGAAAAAAAUCUUGGAGAAGGUAAACAGCCUUUUUCUGGUGAACCUGGCCUACGCAUUUGACACAAAGACCCACCUGUGUCUGGUCAUGACUCUGAUGAAUGGAGGGGAUCUGAAGUACCAUAUUUACCACAUUGGGGAGCAUGGCAUUGAGAUGGAGCGAAUCAUUCACUACACAGCUCAGAUCACCACUGGUAUCUUGCACCUACAUGCUAUGGAUAUUGUGUACCGUGACAUGAAGCCAGAGAACGUCCUACUGGACAGUCAGGGCCAGUGCAGGUUGUCAGACCUGGGUCUAGCUGUGGAACUACCGAAUGGGAAAACUAUCUCUCAGAAGGCUGGCACUAAGGGGUAUAUGGCGCCAGAGAUCCUGAAGCAGGAACCAUACCGUACGUCAGUGGACUGGUGGGCUUUGGGCUGUAGCAUCUAUGAGAUGGUGGCCGGCCGUUUGCCCUUUAGAGAUCACAAAGAGAAGGUUACUAAAGAAGAGAUAGUAAGGAGAACUCUAGAAGAUGAGUGCAAAUUUGAACACAAAAAUUUUGACGCACCCUCCAAGGACAUCAUCAGUCUUUUUCUGAAAAAGAAUGUUGAAGACCGCCUCGGCUGCAAGGAUGACCCUCGGAAACAUGAGUUCUUCAAAUCCAUCAAUAUUCCUCGGCUGGAGGCGGGUCUUAUUCCACCUCCAUGGGUGCCCAAACCCAACGUUGUGUACGCUAAAGACACAGGUGAUAUCAGGGACUUCUCUGAGGUUAAGGGGGUUGAAUUUGAUGCCAAUGAUGAGAAGUUUUUUAAGGAAUUCAGUACAGGAGCAGUGCCAAUUCCAUGGCAACAGGAGAUGAUUGACAGUGGACUCUUUGAUGAGCUUAACGACCCAAACAGGAAGAAAUUGUCAGCGGGACUGGAUGAUGAUGAGCAAAAAUCCAAAUCUUGCACUCUUCUGUGACAAACAUGAGAACAUACUGCACAACAAUACAAACAAAUCACAUUUUUGAAGAAAAGAGCUUACAGUGGUUGUACUUUUAAGUUUUUUUUUUUUUUUUAUAAUAAUACAUAUUAUUAUUAUUAUUAUUACUACUACUAGUUUAUAGUGUUAUUUCUUUUAAUACCAAGUGCUUUUAUUGAGCAUUUGUAUGAAAGAUUAUGAAUUUUGUGUUCGGCUCAUGGUUGAUGGAUUGGCAAAGUCAUGUGCUGUUGCUGUGCUGUUAAUAGACAUGUUAAUAUUUUUUUUCUGAAAAUAAUGUUAAUUUUUAAAAAUUUGUUAUAUUGCUAAUUUAAUUUACAAUAAAUUAAAAUGUAGGAUCUCUAACCAGAUAUUUUUACAGGUGGUCUCAAACUUUUUGACCUAAAUGUAUACUUUUUACAGUCACAGGUCUUAGUGACUGAUGCUUUACUGAUGCCUGAACUUUAUGUUUGCUGGGUAGCCUACAUCUUAAACAGUUUGACAUGAGACAUUAUUAGUCUCUUAAAGGGAUAGUUCACCCAAAAAUGAAAAUUCUGUCAUCAUUUACUCCCCCUCAAAAAUCUUCCUGUGUGUACAGCAGAACAAUGAAAUUUAUAAAGAUUUGGAACAACUUGAGGGUGAGUAUGACAGAAUUUUCAUUUUGGGGUAAACUAUCCCUUUAAUAUUUAUCUGUAUGCUCUGUUAUUAAACGGUUAGUUCACCCAAAAAUUAAAAUAAUGUAAUUUAUUACUCACCCUCAUGGCGUUCCACACCCGUAAGACCUUCGUUAAUCUUCGGAACACAAAUUAAGAUAUUUUUUAUUAAAUCCGAUGGCUCAAUAAGGCCUCAUAGCCAGCAAUGACAUUUCCUCUCUCAAGAUCCAUUAAUGUACUAAAAGCAUAUUUAAAUCAGUUCAUGUGAGUACAGUGGUUCAAUAUUAAUAUUAUAAAGCGACGAGAAUAUUUUUUGUGCGCCAAAAAAAACAAAAUAACGACUUCUAUAGUGAUGGCCGAUUUCAAAACACUGCUUCAGGAUGCUUCAGAGCAUUAUGAAUUAGCGUGUCGAAUCAGCGGUUCGGAGCGCCAAAGUCACGUGAUUUCAGCAGUUAGCCGUUUGACACGCGAUCCAAAUCAUGAUUCGAUACGCUGAUUCAUAACGCUCCGAACGCUUACUAUAAGUCGUUAUUUUGUUUUUGUUUUUUGGCGCACCAAAAAUAUUCUCGUCGCUUUAUAAUAUUAAUAUUGAGCCACUGUACUCACAUGAACUGAUUUAAAUAUGUUUUUAGUACAUUUAUGGAUCUUGAGAGAGGAAAUGUCAUUGCUGGCUAUG